AAAGUGAAAGUAUAACGAUAAACAUUGCACUCACUUCGUAACCCAGAGAGUAUAAAGGGAAAAACUUGUUUUUUUUAGGGUUCUAUCAAAAAAAACUCAAAUCCUCUUUCAACAUGGUCACCAAAGCCAGAAAACCAUCCCAUGCUGGUUCUUGGUACACCGAUAAUCCUAGGAAGCUUUCAGAAGAACUAGAAGGGUGGCUGAAUUCGAGUGGUUUGACCAAGUCUUCUGAUGUACGGGGAGUAAUAGCACCACAUGCAGGUUAUUCCUAUUCAGGACGAGCUGCUGCAUAUGCAUUUGGAAACAUUGAUCCAUCUAACAUCAAACGUGUUUUCCUACUUGGUCCUUCUCACCACUAUUACACUCCAAAAUGUGCUCUUUCAACCGCAACAGUCUACAAGACACCCAUUGGGGACCUACCUAUUGAUUUGGAAGUAAACGAGCAACUUAAAGCUACAGGAAAAUUUGAAACGAUGGAUAUUCAUGUUGAUGAAGCUGAACAUAGCAUGGAAAUGCACUUGCCAUAUCUUGCUAAAGUAUUUGAAGGGCACACGGUGAAAAUUGUACCCAUUUUAGUCGGUGCUGUUAGUGCUGAGAGUGAAGCUAUGUAUGGAGAGCUUCUUUCUCAAUUUGUCGAUGAUCCCACUAAUUUCUUCUCUAUUUCAUCAGAUUUCUGUCACUGGGGAUCUCGGUUCAAUUACAUGUACCAUGACAAAAAACAUGGGCCUAUUUACAAAUCCAUUGAAGCCUUGGACAAGAUGGGCAUGGAUAUCAUAGAAACUGGAGACCCUGAUUCAUUCAAAAAGUAUCUGUCAGAAUAUGACAAUACAAUCUGUGGACGCCAUCCAAUUAGUGUUUUUCUCCAUAUGCUGAAGAAUAGCUCUACAAAAAUAAAAGUCAAAUUUCUUCGCUACGAGCAGUCCAGCCAAUGCCAAAAUACAAGGGAUAGUAGUGUUAGUUAUGCAUCUGCAGCGGCAAAGGUUGAUGAUUCAAACUCUAGCUAAAGAUUUAACUCCUUUGACGGGCUGUCGAAAAUUUGAUUUCCUUUUAAAUUGAAUAUUUAUAUUUAAGCUUCGAACAAAUGAACAUUAUAGUCCUUAUUUGUAGAUUAUUGUCACCAAAAAAUGUGUAGACUCGGAAGUUGUCAAACGAAAAAUCCAUUACACUCCCAGUUGGUGUUCCAACUAACAUUUGGAAAGUUGUGGCUUUGAACAUAUGAUUUAAACAUGUCCAUCAUGGUUGCAUUGCAA